AAACUGAAAAACCUUCGUUUUUUGGAUGAAGCGUGAAGAAACGAAGUGCAUAAUUUACAAAUGUUUACGAUGCUGCACGCCCACUAAGGCAGAUUGGUCCACACAAGAGACUGACUGCCCUUUGACCCAAUUGAAACCCUGUAAGCAAUGACGACUCACUGCAGCGGGAAGCACUGACCAAUUGUCAGAAAGAAGGUGUGCACUCCUUCAUACAUAGCCUAGUCUGGAAAGCCGGUCUGCGCUGGGCUGACGCACAACGCCGCUCCCUGUUCGUCCAAGGAAUCAGCCAGGUUCAAGCAUGUCUUCUAAGGACGUCCCACGUGAGCCAGAGCAGCUCCGCAAGCUGUUCAUUGGGGGGUUGAGUUUUGAGACCACAGACGAAAGCCUGAGGGCCCAUUUUGAACAAUGGGGCACCCUAACCGAUUGUGUGGUUAUGAGGGAUUCCAAUUCCAAAAGAUCCCGAGGCUUUGGUUUUGUGACCUACUCAUCAGUGCAGGAGGUGGAUGAUGCCAUGGCUGCUCGCCCACACAAAGUGGAUGGCAGGGUAGUUGAACCCAAACGUGCAGUUUCCAGGGAGGACUCCAAUCGUCCAGGUGCCCACAUUACAGUGAAAAAGAUUUUUGUUGGCGGGAUCAAGGAAGAUACUGAGGAGCACCAUUUGCGGGACUACUUUUCCCAGUUUGGAAAGAUUGAGGUUAUUGACAUUAUGACUGACCGCUCUACUGGAAAGAAAAGGGGAUUUGCUUUUGUGACUUUUGAUGACCAUGAUGCAGUUGACAGGAUUGUCAUCCAGAAAUACCACACCAUUAACUCUCACAACUGUGAAGUCAGAAAAGCACUGACAAAACAGGAAAUGCACAAUGUUGGCAUGGGAAUGAGGUCGGGUCGUAACAGCGGCGGUGGUGGAGGUGGUGGAAGGCCUUAUGAUUAUGACAGAGGUUUCAACCAAGGUGGAAGAGGUGGCAGAUAUAACGAUGGUCCGUACAAUUGCAAUGAUGGGUACGGUGGAGGACCUGGUGGAUACAAUAAUGGGGGCAACCGGGGCUACAACCAGGGCUACAAUCAAGGAGGUGGAGGCGGAGGCGGUGGCGGUGGCUAUGGGAAUGGCUAUGACAGCAAUGGCUAUGGUAACUGCGGUGGAGGCGGCGGUGGAAACAACUACAACAACAUGGGUCACUACGAGCCCCAGCCUUCUAACUUUGGCCCAAUGAAGAACAACUUUGGUGGUGGCGGAGGUGGCAGGAAUUUUGGUGGAUAUGGCGGUGGUAACAAUGGUGGUGGCGGCGGAGGAGCAUAUGGACGGCCUGGCCGGUUUUGAAAUUGGACUCAGUACUUAGGAGAGGAGAGCAAGGAGAGGAAGCGAGUGACAGGGCAGCUGCAGGUUUACCUCAAAUCUGCUCAGCCAAACAGUUGUGGCAGGUUACAGCUGCUGCAAGAAGAUGUACAGUAGAUAAAUCAUGAAGGGGUCUUCAUUUAAACAUUUGUGUUUCUGGAAAGCAAGCAUUCCAAUGAGGUUUUAUGUAGAUUAUUUUCAUUUUAAGUCUGGUUUUAUUUGUAUCUGCACCCAAUCAAGUUGAAAUAAAACUUUUCAGUUUUUUUUUUAAA